CAGGGCUCCCGGCCGCGCCCUGGCACAGCGAGGCCCAGCCCCCAGCGGAGCCGCCCGAGCGAUGGGCGCCGUCCCGCUCGAGCCCGCGGACGACCACACGAGGCGGAGCAUCGUCGCCUUCCUCGGCGUGCGCGACCUCGGCCGCUACGCGUGCUGCUCGCGCGCCGCCGACCGCGACGCGGGCGCCGAGUCCGUCUGGGCGGACCUCUUCGACCGGACCUGGCGCCCGCGGGGCACGCUGCCCAGGGAGGUGCAGGCCCAGGCCGAGAGGCCCUACGGCCCGGAGGCCAUCGGCUUCGGGGUCUCCGUCUUCUACCCGGAGCUGAACGCCUGCCUUGCCGGGACUGUGAAAGGGUACCGGCCGGCCACGAACGCGUACCUGGUGCGCUACGCCGCGCCGAGGCCGGGCGACCACGCGCGCGAGGCCUGGGAGCUGGAGGCGCGCACCGACGCCGCGGUGCGGGCGAACCCGGCGCUGGCGAGCAGGAGCCGCAUACGCUUCCUGCAGCCGCCGGCAGGUGCGCCCGCGGAGCCGAUUGCGCGCUCCGCCGUGCGCUGCGCCCCAGGCGCAGGCCCGGGCCGGCCGCACAGGUUCCCGACCUGGCGGGAGGAGCUGCGGCACGUGAUGGCCCACACGCCCUCGAGGCUGCUGGCGCGCCUCGAGGACCACAGCGACGAGGUGCUCUUCGCGAGCUUCUCGCCCUGCGGCAGGCGCCUCGCCACCUGCUCGCGCGACUGCACGACGUGCAUCUACAGCUUCGGCCAGGACGGCAUGCCAGCCCUGGAGGCCGCGCUCCAGCACAGCAGCGCCGUCGCCCACUUGCAGUGGUGCCCGGACCUGGAGUUCGACUACAUCGCCGUCUCUACCGACGGCCCGUCGCUGCCGAUGGCGGAGGUGUGGCACGUGGGCAGGCGCGAGUGCCUCCUGAGGGUGGCCUCCCCCGUCCGCGACGUGUACGGCUCCAUCGUCCGCUGGCCCGCGGGCGGGCUCGCCCUCGUCGCGAGCGGGGCGCUCGACCUGGAGGGGGAGUACGUGCAGGAGCUCAUCGCGUACGCCGAUUCCACCUUUCGACCUGAGGCACAGCGCGGACGGGACCGACCAGCGCUGGCCGACAGCGCGUCGGCGGCAUGUCUGGCCAGAUGCCCUUGGCUCGGCUGCUGCUGCGGGGCGCCCUGA